GCCGCCAAUUAAAAGAAGAAGAAGAAGAAGUAGUAGUUGUGCAACUCCUCCUGGGUAACAGUGUGUGUCCUGCACGUUGACAUUGGGACUGUAACCAACACAGCUGACUCUCUCACAGGGCAGGAUGGGAGCCUCCUUGUCCACAUAUGCUGCUCCUACAGUCAAGGCAGAGGCCAUGAUGGCCACCCCUCCUCAGGGCUGCCCCAUGCACCAGGAAGCCCAGCCUGUUAAAGUGUCUCCACCUUCAGAGUGUCCCAUGCAUCAAGCUCAGCCUGUGAAAGUGUCUCCUCCAGCCGAGUGUCCCAUGCACCAAGCACAACCAGGUCCAGCUCACCAGGACCGCGCCUAUGAGUUUGUUCAAUGUCCCAUGAAAGGCGCAGAAGGCAUGAGUGACAUCGACCCAGCAAAUAUGAUGCCCCCUCCUAACCAAAAACCAGCUCCAGACCAGCCCUUUGAACUCCCCGUUGCCAGAGAGGAGUCCACCAUUCCCCGUCACAACACAGACAAGAACUGGGUUUACCCAUCGGAGCAAAUGUUCUGGAACGCCAUGCUGCGGAAAGGGUGGCGCUGGCGUGAAGAUGACCUCGAAGCUCACGAUAUGACCAACAUCAUCAAAAUCCACAACACGAACAACGAGCAAGCCUGGCAGGAGAUUCUGAAAUGGGAGGCUCUGCAUGCAGGUGAAUGUCCAUGUGGGCCAACGCUGAAGAGGUUUGGUGGGAAAGCCAAAGAGUUCUCUCCCAGGGCUCGGAUCCGCCACUGGAUGGGCUACGAGCUGCCUUUCGACCGCCACGACUGGAUCAUCGACCGGUGUGGGAAGGAGGUUCGCUACGUCAUUGACUACUAUGAUGGUGAAAUCAACAAAGAGAACUACCAGUUCUCCAUCCUGGAUGUACGCCCCGCCUUCGACUCUUUAGAUGCCGUCUGGGACCGUAUGAAGGUGGCCUGGUGGCGCUGGACUUCCUAAAAGACUAAAAGACACAUGCACUCACACAAAGGUUACCGUAUGAAUACAAACACAUACAUGGACUGUGAAACUGGUGUUCCUUUAUUCCUGUACAAGAUGUUUGGUGCUGUGGAUAAAAAACAAGACUGCUGAAGAAAAAGAAAUGGACUCAGAUGACAUUAGUUUUAGCAGAAGCUAACCCAGUAGGUUGUAUGACGCUUCAUCUGCUUAUCAUAUUGAUUUCAGUGAAAAAUAUGGGGUUUGCAUUGCAGUUCACUCUAGUGGAAGGGUUUGUCAAACAGGUCCCAUGUUGCUCAUCCUGCUAUCACUCUGCUCUCCCCUCAGAUCCAACACUCCACACGGUUAGGGGGAGCUAGUAGGUCAACAGUAGAUAUGAAGUGGUGUACAUCAUCUGAAACCUGAAGUUUAAUUUAAGAUGCAGCUCAGCACUGCGUAUAAAGUUGUUCUGGUCAUAAAUCUGUUAUAUUAAAGAUUUAAAGUGUAUAAAGUUUUAGAACAUUAUGAUAUGAGUAUAUGUCUCAUAAUUCCUUUUCGUAUUGCGUCUGCCACUUCGCCAUAAGACAGAUUUCGCAACGCCAUCAUGUUGGCGUCCUCAAUCUGUGAGUUCACAUUGCAAUCCAGCAUUGUGGAACGAAGUGGAAGUACAUACACAAUAACAAAACUGAUGCUGGAAGAACUGCACAUUGUACUGUUUCUCGUACGUACUCAAGCAAAGUUGGCAGGCCGGCUGUGGUUCAGUUGGUAGCCCAACUUGGUUCAAUCAAUCCCUGACCAUGGCAGCCUACAGUUUGAAGUAUCCUUGGGCAAGAUACUGAACCCCAAAUGGCUCGUUCAUCAGUGUAUGGAUGAAUUCCCAAUGGUGGCAAGGGGCGCCGUUUAGGAUAGCCUCUCUGCCACCAGUAUGAAUGUGUGUGAAUGAGCUCAGUCUGUAGUCUAAAGCGCUUUGGAUAAAGGCGCUAGUGAUGUGCCAAUGAAGCCUCAUGAACCAUUUUCUGUAUUUUCUAAGCCCACUAGAUGGCGCACUUGGUUUAAAGAAAAAGGCUCAAGCAAUGGUAAUUGAAUGUGCUUUCAGGUCUUUGGUGAACAGAGUGCGCCAUCUAGUGGGCUCAGAAAAUAAAGAAAAUGGUUGAUGAAGCUUCAUUCGCCCAUCACUACUGGUUCCUACCUCUGAAGGCGGUACAGGGAUCCUCCUCACUUGGCACCCCUUUUAUGCCUCUGGGACAUUCUGAUUGAAGGCAAAACAUCACCGUGGUGUAAGUAUCACGGCUUAAAAUGGCAGUCUGAAAAGGACUUAUGUCGCAGCAAUUUUGGGGGUUGAUCCAAUUGUUACACAUUUAGUUCUAAAUUUUGCAUGUUUAUUUAUUGAGAAUCAAUAAUGAUCAAAAAAUCCCUCUAAAUUUGGAUUUGAGGAACACCAUAGAAAAAUCUAUGCUGUGAUUAGGAUUGAAAGACAUAACCUCAGAAGGAAAAAAAUAACUGGCUGAAAAGUCCAGUGAAUGAGCUUUGGUACCUGGCUCACAUGCACUGCACCGCUACAAUAAUGACCUUCAGCUUCCAGAUUCUCAGACAGUGUGCAGGGAAGACUGUGUUAUUACUGUUAGGAUCAUAUAUGUGGAAUGGCAUAUUUUCUGGAGCAACAUGAGGACUUUUUGUUUGUAUGACAUAACCACGAUGACUGUAGCGGGUUAUGGAUGUUAGUCUUGUUUGACCUACAAGGUUUAAAGUUCUAUAUUUUUAAAUGAGCCUUGAUUUAUCUUCUUUUUGUUGUGCUGACUUCGCCGUGACAUCUUCAGUUUAAUCAUGCAGAUGACUAGUUUAUUUGGAGGUAAAAAAUUAAGGCAACUGGCCAGACUGUGAUAUCACAUUCUUGCAGCCUGCAAGAAUAAUAUACUGUAUUACUUUUUUCAUUUUGGGCAUAAAGUGUGAGUGCAUAUUUAACCUACAAGCUACAUCACAUGUACUUUACUUUACUCUGACAUCAUUUGACUGUAACUUUUCAUCUGCAACUUCUUUAAAGCUGUCUGAAUCGUGAUUUUCAGCUUUGGUAGUACAUCAUUUUUGUUGAGUUGAUAUUUCAGUAUUUUAUUUAUUGUUUGAGUGUAGACUUCUGUGUGCAUAAUCUUAAUGCUUCCUUUCCAAAAUUGUUCUUGUAUGUAAAAAUUCUUAACAAUCUCUGGUGGUCAACUAAAGAAUAAAGCUGGUCAUCUUGUGCCUCUGAAAAAUA